CUGCUGCCUGCUACAGCCACCGGUACAGCGCGAGUUGGGAGCAUGGGGCAGGUGGCUUGGAAGGGUUUAUUUCUAUCACUUUUUGAUUAUAAAACGGAGAAAUAUGUCAUUGCAAAGAACAAGAAGGUGGGGAUUCUCUAUCGAGUGGUGCAGCUCUCCAUUCUGGCUUACCUGGUGGGGUGGGUGUUUGUUGUCAAGAAAGGCUACCAGGACACGGACACAUCCCUCCAGAGCUCUGUCAUCACCAAGCUGAAAGGGGUAGCCUUCACCAACACCUCAGAGCUGGGGGAGAGGCUGUGGGAUGUUGCAGACUACGUCAUCCCUCCACAGGGUGAAAGUGUCUUCUUUGUCAUGACGAAUCUGAUUGUGACCCCAAACCAGAGGCAAGCCACGUGUCCUGAGAGUGCCAGCAUUCCCGACGCCCUGUGUGACAAGGACGGGGACUGCCCGGCGGGGGAAGCAGUGGUGGCUGGCAAUGGGGUUAAGACAGGCCGUUGUUUGAAAGAUGGGGACAGCAUCAAAGGGACUUGUGAGAUACUGGCCUGGUGCCCAGUGGAGAAAAGAUCCAAGCCCAACACACCGCUUCUCGCCAGCGCAGAAAACUUCACUGUUUACAUCAAGAACUCAAUCCGCUUCCCCAAGUUUAAGUUCUCCAAGAUGAAUGUGCUGGCAACCAGCAAUGAGUCCUAUCUGAAGACCUGUCGCUACAGCACGGAGCAUCCCUACUGCCCCAUCUUCAUCCUGGGGAACAUCGUCCAGUGGACUGGGAGUGACUUCCAGGAAAUGGCCUUGGAGGGUGGUGUGAUAGGAAUUCAGAUUGAAUGGAACUGUGAUCUUGAUAAAGCCCCUUCUGAAUGUAAUCCUCACUAUUCUUUUAGCCGGCUGGAUAACAAGUUUGCAGAAAAGUCCGUCUCUUCUGGUUACAACUUCAGGUUUGCCAAAUAUUACCGGGAUUCUGAGGGCAUCGACUACCGGGUGCUCAUUAAAGCAUAUGGAAUCCGCUUUGUUGUGAUGGUGAAUGGCAAGGGAGCUUUCUUGUGCGACCUGGUGCUGCUGUAUCUGAUUAAAAAGAGUAACUUUUAUCGAGGCAAAAAGUAUGAGGAAGUAAAGUAA